UUCAUCUCGAGAACGCGACUACACCAUCACAUAUCAAGCGCAGCAUACGAUGCAGACGCUUCGACCAACUUGCUGCUCUUAUGCAUGAAGCUGAUUUGCAGCGACGUUCCAACGCGAUCUGAUCCUAAAACCGAGCUGUAUCGGAAUGCGAAAUUCUUCUAUCGUGAAGUGGAAGCUCUGAACGAUUUCACCCUUCGACUUGUCCAGGCACUACUCUUGAUCGCUCUGUACGAGCUCGGCCAUGGAAUCUGCCCGGCCGCCUAUCUCACCAUUGGUUCUCUCGCGACAAUCGGACAUGCCAUGGGUCUACACAAACCCAAAACGCCACAGAUGCUACCUCCUGCCGAGACCGCGAUGGAAGAGGAAGAGCGAAAGCGAUGGUGGUGGUGCGUUGUCAUCCUCGAACGAUUCAUCCACAUAGGCCACCGAAACAAACCUCUGGCAACGGCAGAACCGGAUCUAAGAGUCGGCCUUGGAGACGAUGCCGCAUUCGACAAUGGACCCAUUACGCCAGCUGCGGCGUCAGGGGGAACGGGCAUCCCAGGCUCACCAUUUGUUCGGACUUGCCAGGCAGCUGGAUAUCUAGGUCGAACUAUAGCGCAUAUCGAAAAUCGGAGCAUCCCGCUCAACGUCCGCUUCGAUCAGGCGCUGCGGUUGCUGCGUGAAAUGCAGAUCUUCGCGCGAUGCGUGUACGAGGAAGUGGACUUGUACAACGGGGCAGCGGACGCAGCGCCAGAACGGUACACUGGUGUGGCCAUCAUCUUCAGCGCUCUGCUGACCCUCUGCCAAUUCUGCGAUUGCACUGCACGGUUUGAUAAUUCGAAAGCAACUGGCGGCGUGAGUCGUCAAGAUCUGCAGGAAGAAAGCUUUUACGGGCGGCGCGAGAUAGAUGAGAUGGUUAUGCUCCUGGCCGCCCGCCUACGCAGGCAGGCCGAGCAUGUCGGUGGUUUGAGAGGUCUGAGUCCGCUCGUGGUGAACUGCAUCUAUCAGGCAACGAUGAACUGUUUUUCGCGUGGGAAGGAAUUACCGUACGCCGAGUGGAAGCGACGCAUUCUGGCCUUGAUGGACUUGCUUCGUGUACUUGACCAGAGAUGGAGAGUUGCUGGCGAAUACUCUGAUAUUAUUCAUGGGGUGUGGAAAGUGUAACACUGCAGGAUAAUCAAUCGCCGAUAAUAAAAUAAGACGCGCUAUGGAUUAUGAAUGAACAAAUGUCCCGCGCAGGCCUUGGAUCAUCCUCUUGUCCGCCUUCGGAGGCUUGAAAGACGCCGGCAUCACAUGCACUCUAUCUACAGCACUUACGCGUCCAAUUGCCCUUCAGCUUUCCUCCGAACAAGCCGCCUGCUCGUACCAGAGUUGGCAACUGCUACGGUAGGAUCACAUCUGCUUUCACUCCGAGCCGCGUCGGUGGCGGCGGGGUACGUCGCACAGUUCCCCCCGCAAUGCCGCCUAGUUAAACGCCUCAUUCAACUCGCAGCUCCAGAUCGACGACCAUACGGCUACUUCACCGACCACAUUACCAACUCAGUCGCACACACUAGCACAAUGGCGUUGCUGAGCCCCCACCGGAGCGCGCGGUGGUGUGUACAGUGGAAGGAAGGGUAUCGCGGGCCGGCGCAUUGGCUCGUGGCACGCCCAUGGA